GCUCGUCCUAAUAUUCGGUUUCAAACUACAGAAGCUUAGUGUGAGGAAACAUGGUUCAGAUUACAGAAGUGAUGUCAACGAGACCUCCUAUUCCGUCUCAAGCUGCAUCUCAAUCUGUGCAACGAAGGGCCAGUGCGGUUGCAUCUCUGCCACCUCCACCUCCACCAUCUUCUCAACCUGAGGUCAGAGAAAGUAUGAAGCGGAAGAGAACAUCUUGGGUAUGGGAUCAUUUCGAAAGGAGUGUUGAUGAAGAUGGUAUUACAUGGGGGAAGUGUAACUACUGUGAAGGUGGUAAAUAUAAGGCUGGUGGUAAGGAUUAUGGAACAUCUAAUUUGAACUGGCAUUUGACUAAGCGUCAGAAGUAUUUGGAUAUAGUAGAAUCUGCACAUCCUAGCAAUCUGGGAGAUCAGCAACGUAUGGUUGGGGAUACGUUUUAUCAAGAAGCAUGUAGGAGAGCCUUGAUAAAUUUCAUAAUCACAGAUGAACAAUCUUUCCGAAUGGUUGAGGGUGAAGGGUUCAUAGCAUUUUGAAGGUAUCUUGAGCCGAGGUUCAAACUUCCAUCUCGAAUGACCGUUUAUCGUGAUAUAUGCAGGUUGUUUGUGACUGAAAAGGCCAAGUUGGUGAACUAUUUCAAGGUGAACAAGGUUAGAGUUUGUCUCACAAGAGAUACUUGGACGUCCAUUCAGAACUACAACUACAUGGUAGUUACUGCCCACUUUAUCGAUGACCACUGGAAAUUACACAAAAGAAUCAUAUGUUUUUGUUUAAUCACUAGUCAUGGAGGUGAACAUAUUGGAAGAACAUUGGAGAAGUGUUUGAUCGAGUGGGGGCUUGAGAGAGUGUUCACCAUCACUCUCGAUAAUGCAUCUGCAAAUAAAAAAGCAAUAGGAAUAUGUCAAGGAGAGAGUUGUCAGUUGGGGAUCAUCAAUUGUUGGAGGUAAACAUUUGCAUGUCAGAUGUGCUUCCCACAUAUUAGCUUUAGUUGUUAAGGAUGGGUUGAAGAAGUAUAAUACUUCAGUGGCAAGAAUCAGGUCAGUGGUUAAAUACGUCACAGUCUCUCCUGCUAGGAUGAAGAAGUUCUUGGAAGUUGUAUUUGACGAAAGAAUUGAGUAUAAAAAGGGAUUAAUAUUAGAUGUAAAAAUAAGAUGGAACUCCAUUUUUUUGAUGUUGGAUUCCGCGGAAAAAUAUGAAAAAUCCUUUAUAAGGCUAGCACGGUCAGAUAAAGCAUUUCGUGAGAGGUUGAUCUUCGAUAUUCCCGAUGAACCAGAAAUGGGUGUUAAUAUUGAUGCUAUUGAAAGUACAGAUGUUCCCGAUGAAUAUGAAUCUACUUCAUCUUAUUAUGAUGCUCCUGAAGAACCCGUAGCUGGUCGGAGAAAAGCCAAGAAGAAAAAGCCUCGUGUGCAUGCUCCUGAAAAGUAUGAUUGGGCUAAUGCUCGAGUCCUAGUUCAGUUUUUACAGGUAUUUUUUGAAGCCACUGUUGAGUUUUCUGGUUCUACGUAUGUCACUUCGCAUACAUUUUUGGCGGAAAUUUGUGAUGUACGUGGAGAGUUAUACGAAUGGAAAAAAGCUCAUUAUGAUCCUCACUUAAGCCAUAUGGGCGAGAAGAUGUUACUUAAAUACAACAAGUAUUGGGGUGAGUAUAAAAACAUGAAUCCUUUAUUGUUUAUUUCUGUGCUUCUUGAUUUAAGAGAAAAAGAACGUGGACUGCAAGUAAUACUAGAAGACUUGAUUAUGCAUGAUAUUCCUUGGAUGAAACAAAGAUUGGUAAAAAAUUGGUUAGAUAAAGUGAAAGAGGAAUUUAAUGAAUUAUAUACAGCUUAUAAGGCAGAAUAUGCAGGUGUAGGAAGUGUGUUAGCCUCGUCAGAAUCUGUAGGUGAAACUGGUGGUAUUCCUAGUCAAGAGAGCUCUAGUUCUAGUUCUACGUUACAUAGAAAGAAAGAUAUAAGUCCCACAGAGAAGAGCGUAAAAACCAGUUGUCUACAAUGGAGGAUUUUGAAAAGUCAGAGGUGGAAAGAUACUUAUCGGAGCAGAUUUAAUCACCAACAAAAGACAAGAAAGAAGGUUCAAAGUUUGAUAUAUUGACUUGGUGGAAAAGCAAUGCCGCAAGGUUUGAUAUUCUGUCACUUAUAGCAAGAGACAUACUCGCUAUUCCCUUCUCUUCAGUUGCAAGUGAAUCUGCUUUCAGUACUGGAAAGCGAAUACUUGGUCAUUUCUGUUGUUCUUUAAGACCCCGAACUGUGGAAGCAUUGAUUCUCCUACAGAACUGGUUGAGGACGCUGAUUUAUAUGGAUCCAUCUACACUAGGAGCUGAAGAGAAGGAGGAUGACGUCUUAGAGUCAGGUAUUGGCUUUCUAGGGUGUGCACAGUCCUUGACCCUUCUUGAAGCACGCGGG